AGGAAAAGCACCACGCUGAACAUGGAGAGCAAAGUGGGCACCACGACGCCCAGGAAGGUGGAGAGCUUGCGGGAAGAGGUCGGAAGCGCCUGGUCGGCUUCCAGCGAGGAGCUGCUGCACAGCCGUGACUGCUUGAAAUUACAACAACACUUAGGACCGUUUUUCCUGUCUGCAUUUUCUGCCCGAGGUGCUUCUCGACGUACAGCCACAAUGGAGCCGCAAAAUUCCAGCUGUUAAGCAAGACUGUUGUUAAGGGAACAAGACUCGUAUCCAGUCUCUGCAUUUAGGGAUAUGUCUGGCCUGGAUUCGCGGACCUGCUUGUGUCAUCACACUGAUCUUUUGCAGCAAAGCCAACAACAAACUGUGUGACAUUUUAAAACUUUGACUCCUAGCUGGAAAACGAGGCGGGCGCUCCGAAUAUUGUGGCUGAUCAGUCUCUUCCAGAAUCCUGUGGGCGCCGUGUGGUCCCUGCCCCUAAUGUGACGCUGGCAAAGGGGAAGAUUGUGGGGGGCAGCCGUGCAAAGCCGGGUGCCUGGCCAUGGCUGGUGUCGGUGAUGCUGAACGGAGAGCUGAUGUGCAGUGGGGUGCUGGUGGGGAGCACGUGGAUUGUCACAGCCGCUCACUGCUUCACUGGGAGCCGAAACGAACUGGCCUGGUCGGUGGUCCUGGGUAACUAUGAUCUAACCAGGCGGGAUGAAGGCGAACAGGUGGUGCCCGUCAGCCGCAUCCUGACUCACCCCAAGUUCAACCCAAAGACCUUCCAUGGGGACGUGGCUUCGUUGGAACUAACUGUUCCCGCGCACCCUUCGGCCUGGGUGACCCCCGUCUGCCUCCCGGACCAGGCCACGGAGACGAGCCAGGAACUCUGCUACAUUGUCGGCUGGGGCUCGCUCUAUGAAGACGGGCCACCUGCUGAGGUGGUGAUGGAAGCUCGGGUGCCGAUCCUGGCCCAAGACCUGUGCCGUGCGGCUCUAGGGAGCCAGCUGGUGAGCAGUGCCAUGUUCUGCGCUGGGUACCUGUCUGGUGGCAUCGACUCAUGUCAGGGGGACUCUGGGGGGCCCUUGAUGUGCUGGGACCCUUUACUGGAGCGCUACGUCUUGCACGGAAUCACCUCCUGGGGCUCUGGCUGCGGGGAGCGUGGGAAACCGGGAGUGUACACUCGCAUCACUGCCUUUGCAGACUGGAUCCGACAACAGAUGGAGAAAUCGCCCUCCAGCCGAGAGCCCAGCUGUUCAGAGUGGCUGGCUGCCGCUCGGAUCCCGGGAGACAAACAGCUGGCGGAAGUCCGUCGCUUAUGUGCCUUCUAUGCGCAACCGUGCGCCCGGUCGCCCAGCCCUGCAGCUUGUGCCCAGGCCGCUGAGGAGGAGUGCAAGGGGAAGAGACAGCAAUGUGAACUUCGCUCCUACCUCCAGAGCUUGCUGGAUUUCCUGCGCCGGGCGGAAGAAUUUUUCCGCACCCGGAUUGAUUUCUCUUUCUUCACACAUUCUGUGCCCCGAUUUGCGGAAGAAAUUUACGGGUACCUCUUCUCCCAUCGAGGGCACCUGCACCCCCCAGACCAGGUUCCAAAGGCGGACGCUGGAAUGGCGAAAGGAAAAUGGAGUCCCUCGCCUCAGUUUGGGAAAAUGCAGAAGCGCGAGGCUCCGACUUUCAUGAAAAGCCCCCCUCCUCCCCUCCUCCCUUCCUUUGCCUCCUUGUUCCAAGGCAUCGGGCCCAACCUGGCUGACUGGGUGCAGGAGCUGAGCAGCCCAGCUGAGCCUUUGGCAGCGGCACCUGUUGGACAGGAGACCAGGCGCUUCCUCCAGCUGACAGGAGAGGAGGUGGAUGAACUACGAAUCCAAGGUCAGGUGUUCCUUCAACAGCUGCAGAAAGAACUGCACCAGGAUGGCUUUCCAGAUGUGGAACCCCAGAGACAGGACCAAAGGCUUGCAGGGAAUGGUUCUCCUCCUCGGCGAGAGAAACGCAGCUUGGGGAUUGAUCCCGUGGAAGAAAAGGAGAAUCAACUGCCAGGGGCCCUGGCCACAAAUUCCAGCUGUCCGGGAGUGAAUGAAUCCGCCCAGCGUGUCCAUUCGGUGCGGGAGAGCUACCGCUGGAUUCUGCAAGUGCCAGAGCAGGAUCUCACCAUGAACUUUCAGAAGAUCCUGGUGGACCUGGCCUCCAAGAAUUCCAAGGGCCUCUACCGAGCUCACAUCCAAGCCAUCGUUGGACAGAGGGCCACCAGCUUCCUUGGUCUGGUGGGCCUAGAACAGGACUCGCUGUACCGGAGCAUGCCUGAAAUCAUUGCGCUGGCCUUGGGAAUUCUGAAGACCUAACCGGAGGGCACUACCGGGAAGGCCAAACCAGGGAUGUCUUGCCAAGGACGCCCAAAAGCCGGAAGACCAUGUGGGCAUUUGGGGAGCAAGGUUGGCCCCCGAGGAGACCUGGCUGCUGGAAGGGAAGGGGUCUAGAGCAGUGGUUCUCAACCUUUUUAAUGCCGUGACCCCCCAACCGGUCAUAAAUCGAGGACUACUCAACUGGUCGUAAGUCGAGGACUACUCAACUGGUGCAGCACCGUUU